CUCCCUCCAUCUUUCUCUCCUUUCCAUCAAUCUUCUCUCUCGCUCGUCUUGUUUUCUUCUUUCUUUCCUUGCUGUGGCACACGGGUGGGUUUUUGUUUUUAUCAUGGUCUAGUUGGUCUGGUGACAACACCAACAUACCAACACCCAACGAUUUGAUGGAUUGAUUGCGUGAUUGCCAGUCGCGAGUGACUGCGAGGUAACAUUUCCUCUCGAGAUAUAACCGAAGAAUGAAAGAGAAAGAAGGGAGGCCUCAAGGAGGAGAAUAAACAAUGUGAGCUGAGAGAAGAAUUCGCCGGGAUUUUCCUUUUCUUUUUCCUUCUCUGCCUGUCAAAGUUGGUCUUUCUGUAGUGUUCCUCGUGCUCGUUUUGGGGCUUUAGAGUUCUUGAGACUGCCACCGACGAACGAAAAAAGGAAAAAAUCGUUUCUCUCCAUCGACCAGCGAUGGAGCUAGUGAUGAUGUUGGUGGGAAUUUUUCUGGGAUUGGUGGUGACCUUUUUCAUGCUGAAGCAGAGUAGAGUGGCGGUGGAGGUGUCGAGCACAAGUGGAGCAAAGACUCCGCCGGGUCCUCCGUGGAGAAUCCCUCUUGUCGGCGAAACGCUCAGCUUUCUCAGAGAUCCACACCGCUUCUAUCUCACUCGUAUUGCCAGAUAUGGAGAGAUCUUCUCCACUUCGCUUUUUGGCGACAAAUGCAUCAUUGUCACCACUCCGGAGGCCUCGAAGUGGUUGCUCCAGUCGGCUCAAAAGUUUUUCAAGCCUGCUUAUCCCGAGUCUGCAAAUUCUCUCAUCGAUCCGACGCGCAGCUUUGGCAGCGAGCAGCUUCACAAUUAUGUCCGGAGAAUCGUUGGCUCCUCCCUGUAUCCCGAGUCCCUCCAGUUCCAUGUCCCUGCGAUCGAGGCGCUCGCUUGCUCAGUCCUCGAUUCCUGGACAAAGCAAAAGUCCAUCAAUGUCUACAGCGAAAUGGCCAAGUACACAUUCGAGGUGGCGAUGAAAAUUCUAUGCGGGAUGGAGCCGGGAAAACAGAUGGACGCACUGUUCCAGAACAUGCAAGACUUUGAAAAGGCGUUCCUCACGCUCAACAUCAACCUUCCUUUCACAACUUACCGACGUGGUCUCAAGGCAAGGGACAGCAUGUUUAAAGCAGUGGAGGAGAUGAUCCAGCAGAGGAGAAAAAAGAAAAGGGACUGGAGUGGUCGGGAGCAGCAGCAGCGGCUGGACAUGCUCGACUCGAUGAUUUGCGUCGAAACCAAGGACGAGAAGUUUGCCAAUGCGGUGACAGACAUCCACGUUAGAGGAAUCAUCAUGACAAUCCUGUUCGCUGGGCACGAGACCUCUGCAGCACAGCUGGUGUGGGCCAUCAAGAACUUACACGACAAUCCAGAGCUCCUCCACGGAGUCAAGGAAGAACAUGAAGCUAUCCGGAGGAAACGAGAGCCUGGAUCUCCACUUACGUGGUCUCAAGUCAUGAAAGAAAUGCCUCUCACGCUCAGAGUGAUAAACGAGACGAUGAGAACUUCCUACGUCGGACUCUUCCUUCCCAGGGAAGCACUUGACGACCUCGAGUACGAUGGCUACUACUUUCCCAAAGGCUGGAAAGUUUACGCAUCGCCGUCGAUGGUCCAUCUCAAUCCAAAGCUCUACACGGAGCCGUACAAGUUUGAUCCCACCAGAUUCCAGGACGGUGGUCCAAAGCCGAAUACUUUCAUACCAUUUGGCAAUGGCCAGAGGCUGUGCUUGGGCGGUGAGCUCGCAAAGGUUGAAAUGCUCGUCCUCAUCCACCACCUUGUUACUACAUACAGCUGGAAGAUUAAGGAGGAUCACGGUGGGAUCAGAUGGUGGCCAGUCCCGAUCCCCAAGGGCGGACUGGUCAUACAAGUAGAACGAGAAGUGGAGCGAGGAUUAGAAAAGGAAACGAGGCAGGGUCAAACUGGGGAGCUCGGCUCUGGUGAAUUCCAACACUAGGACUUUUUAGUAUAUUUUGUAGACGUAGCUGGCUGUACAAAAAAGUCUUGGAUGCAAGUUACUCGUGUACAAUCUUAACAGCACGAACAAAAUAAGAGGAAGUCAGGAGGUGGCAUGGGCGCUUCUUGAAA